CGUUUCCGCCUUCGCCAGGUGAGGGUCCCCGGAGCGGGGACGCCGGGGGCUGGGGCUGGCGGAGCAGCCGUCGCUUGAGGUGGGUGCGUCGUCCUCGGGGGCUCCUUCAGACAUGCUCCCCGAGGCGAGCUCGCUGUGGCUGCUUCGGCUGCUCCGGGACAUCCAGCUGGCCCAGUUUUACCGCCCCAUCCUUGAGGAACUUAAUGUUACCCGGCCGGAGCACUUUGACUUCGUCAGGCCCGAGGACCUGGACGGCAUCGGCAUGGGCCGGCCUGCCCAGCGCAGACUGGCCGAAGCUCUGAAGAAGCACCGUUCGGGGCUCAAGUCAAAGAACUGGGUCUACAAGAUCCUUGGGGGUUUUGCCCCUGAGCAGAAGGAGACCACCCCACCUUCGGACAGCCACCUGUCCCUCCCUGAGCCGGAGGGGGGACUCAAGUGUCUGAUCCCGGAUGGUGCCGUGUGCAGAGGGGAGCUGCUGGGCUCCGGCUGCUUUGGAGUGGUGCACCGAGGGCUGUGGACACUGCCCAGCGGCCAGAGCGUCCCAGUGGCUGUCAAGUCCCUCCGGGUGGGUCCUGAAGGGCCCGUGGGCACAGAGCUGGGGGACUUCCUUCGAGAGGUGUCCAUCAUGAUGAACUUGGAGCACCCACACGUGCUGCGUCUGCACGGCCUCGUGCUGGGCCAGCCUCUGCAGAUGGUGAUGGAGCUGGCGCCCCUGGGAUCCUUGCACGCGCGCCUGACCGCCCCGGCCCCGAUACCCCCGCUGCCCGUGGCCCUGCUCUGCCUCUUCCUGCGGCAGCUGGCGGGGGCCAUGGCAUACCUGGGGGCCCGCGGGCUGGUGCACCGAGACCUCGCCACGCGCAACCUGCUGCUGGCCUCCCCGCGCACCAUCAAGGUGGCCGACUUCGGGCUGGUGCGGCCGCUGCGCGGCGCCCGGGGCCGCUACGUCAUGGGCGGGCCCCGCCCCAUCCCCUACGCCUGGUGUGCGCCAGAGAGCCUGCGCCAGGGGGCCUUCUCUUCUGCGUCGGACGUGUGGAUGUUUGGGGUGACGCUGUGGGAGAUGUUCUCCGGGGGCGAGGAGCCCUGGGCAGGGGUCCCGCCGUACCUCAUCCUGCAGCGGCUGGAACAGGACCGGGCCCGGCUGCCUCGGCCUCCCCUCUGCUCCAGGGCACUCUACUCCCUCGCCUUGCGCUGCUGGGCCCCCCACCCCGCCGACCGGCCUAGCUUUUCCUACCUGGAGGGGCUGCUCCAAGAGGCCUGGCCGCCGGAGGGACGUUGUGUGCGGGAUGUGACAGAGCCAGGCGCCCUAAGGAUGCAGACUGGCGACCCCGUCACCAUCAUCGAGGGCAGCCCCGACUCCGCAACCUGGAAGGGCCAGAAUGGCCGCACAUUCAAAGUGGGCAGCUUCCCAGCCUCGGCGGUGACGCUGGCAGACGCGGGGGUCUCACCAGCCACCCGUCCAGUCCACAGGGUCUCCCCUGCCCAGGGAGAGCGACACCAGGGAAACGUAGAUGGGGACAGAGGGAAGGCAAAGCUGCGGGAUGUACCUCCAGCACGGGCCGGGAGAAGGAACGUGCCCCUGCAGAGAAUGAAAGUCAUUUCCAAGAGUCUGGAGUCCGUCCUGUCCCUGGGCCCCCGCCCCACAGGGGGUGGUUCGAGCCCCCCCGAACUUCGCCAUGCCAGAGCUGUGCCUCAGGGACCCCCAGGCCUGCCAUCCCGCCCUCCCUUUGCCUCCAGCCCUUCUCAGCCCGGCCAGCCCCCCAGGGAGCGGCCUCCCUGGCCCAAGAGAGAACCCCCCCACAGUCAUCCCUCAGGAGCACCUGGAGCUAGCAAAGCCACCGUCCCCUCCGGAGGCCUCCUGCCCGACCCCGAGUUGCAGAGGAGGAUUAUGGAGGUGGAGCUGGGCGUGCACGGAGUCACGCACCAGGAGUGCCAGGCAGCACUAAGGGCCACUGGGGGAGACGUGGUUUCUGCCAUCCGGAACCUCAAGGUGGACCAGCUCUUCCAUCUGAGUAGCCGGUCCAGAGCGGACUGCCGACGCAUCCUGGAGCACUACCAGUGGGACCUCUCCGCUGCCAGUCGCUAUGUCCUGGCCCGGCCCUGAGUGCUGCCCUCUUGGGCGUGGAUACCAGCCUGGAUUGAGGGCCUGGCCAUGUGGGACUAAGCGGAACCAGAAUGGGUCCUACCAGGGCAGAGUUUCCCACCUGGAGAGAUCGUGCAGGUUGGCAGGUACAGGAGGAGCCCGGGGCCGGGCCCUGAGAGCAUCUCCCCUCGUACCCCUUGGCCUCUGAGGGCUCCAGCCCCGUUGGCUGGUUCACAGAAGGAUCUAGUCCAGUCUACCUACCAUAUUCCCAACCAAGAGGGCUUGAGGGACAGAGCUGCCCCACAUCACAUGCACAGGAAGCUUCCACUUGCUACAGAGAAUGAGCAAGUGGGCAUUCCGGACCUCGGGAAUAGCCAUCCCGAGUGGCCGUCAGCUACCACACCGGACUCUGUGGGACCAGCCAUCUUGGAUGGUAGAGGCAACCAGACUGAUUGGGGGUAUGUGGCCCAAACUGCCUUGGCUCGGUCCAGGGCCAUGAUGAAGGAUGACGUUGCCCUCUUGAACUCAAGGACACUGGCCCUUGGCAGCUUGGAUGAUGAAACGGGCCAGCCCCCUCCCAGCCCAGCUGUCCGAUUUCCCUUGGUUUCUUCCCGCACCAACUCUUCUAUUCUCUCCCAUUACAUACGUCUUCCAGUAUCCAAAAA